AUGUGGGCCACUGGCCCUAAGGAUAUAAGGGCUGCCUGCUUGAGGGCCCAGGCUCACCCUAGCUGCCCAGAACCCAGGGAACUGGAAGCCUUCAAAGCUGUCUUCCUGAGCAGUUGUCCGGGAGUCCCAGGAAGUCCUGGGGAGGAGGAAUCUACAGGUCCCCAAGGGUGACCUGGACCACCAAGCAAGAUGGAUCCCAAGGGGGAACCUGGGAUCUUGAGCUGCCAGAAACUGCUGAGUCCCAGUGCUACCUUGAGUGGUUGGUACCAUUUGUGUCUACGAGGGGGUAGAGCUCUCCCAGUCUUUUGAGACGUGGACACUUCAGGGAGUAGCUUGCUGGCUGGUGUUCGGGGACGAUAGGAUGGGUCUGUGGAUUUCCUCCACUCUUGGGCCUCCUACAAAGGAUUUGAGAGACAGGAGUCUGAGUUCUGGCUGGAGAAUGAGAAUUUACACUAGCUUACUCUGGAGGGUGCCCAGGAAGGGCAGGUAGAGCUGGAAGACUUCGAAGGCACUGGUACCUUUGUCCACUAUGACACUCGGAAGUACUACCAGUGGGUACUGGGGGACUCUCUGAGCUUCCACAAUGGGAAGGCUUUUACCACCUAUGACACAGACCAUGAUUCAAGCUAGGGCAACUGUGCAGUGGCGGUCCCUGGUGCCUGGUGGUACAGAUCCAGCUACUGAGCCAGUCUUGAGGGGUACUAUUACUAUGCUGCAUCGGAGGCCACUGCCCACAAGUAUGGCAUCGACUAGGCCUCAGGCAAAGGUGUGGGCCACCCCUACUGCAGGGUUCACAUGAUGCUUCGCUAGAGUCCUCCGAUUGUCAGUGCGCUUAUCACAGCUUCCGUGCCUUAGCGACCUCAUUGCCAACCGCCUGCUUCC